AUGCUGGGCCUGGCCUUGGUUGCCGGCACCGCGGGUCCUGCCAGGGCCGAUGUCGAGGAUGUGGUGAUUCCCGUUGAUGACAAGGGCAAGACCACCACUUUGACCAAGGAGCAGCUCGUCCGCGGCAAGCGUCUGUUCAACGCAGCCUGCGCCUCCUGCCACGUCGGAGGUGGUACCCGCACCAACCAGAACGUUGGCCUGGCCAUCGAAGAGCUUAGUGGUGCGCAGCCCAACCGCGCCUCCGUCGAAGGCCUGGUGGACUACCUGAACAACCCCACCACGUACGAUGGUCUCAAGGACAUCUCGGAGGUUCACCCAUCCAUCAAGGGCGGCGACAUCUGGCCCAAGAUGCGCUCCAUGAAGCAGCAGGACACCGGCUUCUGCACAAUGUAUGACAUGUCUGCCUACAUCCUCUACCAGAACCAGACCAUUCCGGAGAAGUGGGGUGGCUGGACCGACAGUGCCAGCGGUUGCCUUGGAGAAGACAUGCACCUGCACCAGUUUUGUGAGGUGACCUCCAGCCAUCCUCAGCAUGGACAUGGAUCCAGCUCUUGGAUGGACAUGCAGACCCAAGAGGCGUCGACCACGACCACAGCCUUCGACGGGCUGCUGCGCUUCGCGGCUGGGGCCAUGCUGGGCCUGGCCUUGGUUGCCGGCACCGCGGGUCCUGCCAGGGCCGAUGUCGAGGAUGUGGUGAUUCCUGUUGAUGACAAGGGCAAGACCACCACUUUGACCAAGGAGCAGCUCGUCCGCGGCAAGCGUCUGUUCAACGCAGCCUGCGCCUCCUGCCACGUCGGAGGUGGUACCCGCACCAACCAGAACGUUGGCCUGGCCAUCGAAGAGCUUAGUGGUGCGCAGCCCAACCGCGCCUCCGUGGAAGGCCUGGUGGACUACCUGAACAACCCCACCACGUACGAUGGUCUCAAGGACAUCUCGGAGGUUCACCCAUCCAUCAAGGGCGGCGACAUCUGGCCCAAGAUGCGCUCCAUGAAGCAGCAGGACACCGGCUUCUGCACAAUGUAUGACAUGUCUGCCUACAUCCUCUACCAGAACCAGACCAUUCCGGAGAAGUGGGGUGGCGGCAAAACGUACUACUGA